AUCAAAUUGCACCUCAUCAAGGCGAGCCAGUAUGCUCUUGUAGACCAUUGUUAAUCCACAAACCGUGCUCACGACUCCUAAACCAAUGCUACGUUCUCUACUCGCCAGCAUCCUCUUUGUGGUCUUCAUUGCAAACCUGGCCCACGCUCAACAUCAACAUCAUCAUCAGCAACCACUUACCAUGUCCAAAUCAUUGAAUGUUUUUAAGCAGCCUUUGGCUUUGCACUCGACUUCCCCAGUGACCGGUUUCCUUCGAAAUGGCUACUGCGAGGUUCCCGCCUCUGACCACGGCAACCACGCUAUUGCCGCUGAAGUAACCGACGAAUUCCUUGAGUUCAGCGCACAACGCGGUAACGACCUCCGCGUCAUCCCCGGCAUGAAGGCCGGGUGCAAAUGGUGCCUGUGCACCUCCCGAUGGCUCGAGGCAUUCAAUGCCCGCAAGAGCGAACCCGCCGGCGACAAGAUCGUGCCCAAGGUUUUCUUGAACGCGACCAACGAGAAGGCGCUGGGCAAAAUCAACCUCGAGGACCUCAAGGCCUUUGCAGCUGACAAGGAGUAAAGCAAUCUCCCACCCGGAUUCUUGGGGCGGCAAAGCCCUGAUCGGCUUGCUCAAAAUGAGAGCUCCAGGUCUGAUCUCAGAGACUGGAUUCCAAUAUAACGACUUGUUCCAAGGGCAUGCGCUCAGAUGUAACCAUAUUAACGAAUAAUGAUGGAGCAAAUGUGUUUGUGUGACGAAUGGAUAUGAUCAUCGGCUUGAUUCGGCUUAACACUGUGCCCCCACGGUGUACGGCCUGCACAGAUAUGCAUACACUAGCAUGCUCGUGAUACUUUGUUUAUUGAGCGAAGAAAGCGAGAGCAACGAUGAUGUGGAAAUGCAAUUGAUGAUGGUA